AACAACUGUUCGUGAGAGAAGGAAAAAAAACAGAUCUGAUGAUGAAUCCCAAUAUAUUGACACCACCCCUCUAUCUCACUAAAUAAUCACCUAUCACAAAAGGUUAAUAUUUGGUGGUGUGCAGGCCAGUUCUUGUGACAUGUCUCAAUAGAGUAAGUACGUGGAGCGGUCAAUAGAAGAAUGAAGGCUUUGUCUUGUCUCGCAGGCGCUAAUGCAGGCUUUCUACUAACAUAUUUAUGGGUGCAUCGGGAAUCAGCUAGCUACAUUGGAGUUGUUAUGGCUUCAAUGUCUAUUUCCGAGCCAGUGGGCUUCCUUCCCUUAUUUCCUCACAGGUCAAGGAAAAUAAAGCCUAGUUACGCCACGGGUAUGGGCAGGCAUCUCGGAUUCUUCAUCCGGCGAGACGUUGCGUUUCGUUAAAACCCCAAACAAUCUAGACGGGCCCGGCCAACCUGGAUUCGUCCUCAAUUGAUAAUGUGAAACUAAAUUCCAUUGCUCGGAUGGAUCUGGUGAUGUAUUUUGGCGGUAGUCAACCCCAGGAGAACUAAGGUAGGUACCCUGUUGGGGCCAAUCUGGUAGGAAGUCUUAAGGUUUCCGAGGACAUGGAAUCAGUGCAGCAAAUCUUGAUGGUAAAUUUAAGAAUUGUCUGGCUCACUUCGUAGGUUUUUGGUCCAGCCAUAUCCCAAUAAAUCCACCACAACGAAGAGUAACGAGCAAUGGGAC